AGAGUAUAAUCUGGCAUAGAAAGUACCUAAGUGUGUUGUUUGGUCGUCUGUUUGCCUCAUAAUCGUGAAAACGUGUCAGCAAUUUUGGUUUUGUCAAUUGAGACAGGAGACUUGACGUUUCAUAAAAAUCAAUCAACAGGUUGCAACCAAAAUAUUAUAUCAUAGUGUCGGAUAGCAUAGAUCGACUAGUGAGGCAGUGUAUGACAAAAAGAAAUAGACAACAUGGGAUUGUUGAACGAAGGCAAAUCUUUGUCGCAUCAAGAAACCAUGAAAUAUGCAGAACACGUUAGAAAACACGGCCUGAUCCAGUUCAUAAACCAGUACAGGCGCUUCAAGGGCCGAAAAGGGGACCCGUUCAAAUGGGGGGACGAAAUAGAAUACACGAUCAUCAGAUUUUUCGAAGAUCGCAAAGAGGCGAAGCUGUGCCUGAGAAACGGCGAGCUUUUGGCAGUGUUGAACGAGCAGGAGCGUACUCGGCCCGAUGAAAUAAGGGCCUUGUGGAGGCCCGAAUACGGGGCGUACAUGAUAGAAGGCACGCCUACUAAGCCCUUUGGAGGGUUGGAGACGUUCGGCACUGUGGAGGCCAAUAUGAAGGGUAGGCGGGAGGAGAUCGGGGCACAUUUGAAGGAGAAUGAGGCGAUUUUGUGUGUCACGUGUUUUCCGAGAUUGGGAUGCGAAAAUUUCACAGAUCCACCCUACAAACCCACCCCCUCGGUGGGUGUGUCUGGAUCGCUUUUUUACCCUGACGAAGCUAUCAACCAAGUACACCCACGAUGGAAGAAUACCACCAACAAUAUUAUGGAACGUCGAGGCGAAAAACCCUACACAAAUUUGCCUGUAUUCAGAGACGUGAACACGAAAAUCCCGAUCGACGAUACCUAUCAACGGGACGAAAACGCAGCACCCGACUGCAUCUACAUGGACACGAUGGGCUUUGGGGGCGGUUUCUGCUGCCUCCAAGCCACCUUCCAAGGCAGCGACCUCGAUCAGGCCAGGUUCCUAUACGACCAGCUAACGCCGUUUUGUCCCAUCAUGGUGGCGUUGGCGGCUUCUUCGCCCAUAUACAGGGGGUUCUUGAGUGAAACAGACGCUCGAUGGGACAUAAUCAGCGGUUGCACCGAUUGCAGAACGGAAGAAGAAAGGGGCUUGAAACCCCUGAAGAACAACAAAUUGGUGUUGAAGAAGCCUCGUUACAGCUCAGUAGACUGCUAUCUGUCGCCGGCAAACAAAAAAUACAACGAUAUUUCUGUGGAUUAUCGCCAAGAGGACUUUGAGCAGUUGAGGAAAAGUGGCGUGGAUGAGAUGCUCGCUGAACACAUUGCCAAUUUGUUCGUCAGAGACACAAUUUCUUUGUUUUCCGAGAAAAUACACCAGAAUGACGAAGAGGAGCGGGAUCAUUACGAGAACAUUUUAUCAACGAAUUGGAGAUCGAUGCGACUGAAGCUGCCAGUUCCAGAAGAGAAUAUCGGUUGGAGGGUGGAAUUCAGGCCGAUGGACGUUCAAAUGACAGACUUCGAAAAUGCCGCCUAUGUCUGUUUUGUUGUUUUAUUGACCAGAGUGAUUCUGCAUUAUAAACUGAAUUUUAUGAUGCCAAUAAGCAAGGUAGACGAAAAUUUCUCGAAUUGUCAAAAAAGGGACGCAAUCAAAACUACCAAAUUCUGGUUCAGGCAAAAUAUCCAGGAAGAAGACGGAAUUUCCGACGCAGAAAAUAAACCCACUGGGGUGAUUGUGCAGAUGACCAUAAACGAAAUCAUGAACGGAAAAGGCGAAGAAUUUCCGGGGAUAAUACCUCUGGCGCGGAGAUAUCUGGAGGAUCAGAAGGUCGAUUCUGAUACCUCCAAGAAGUUGAACGGAUAUUUCGAUUUGUUGGCAGGCAGAGCUUCGGGAAAAAUUAUGACUGUGGCUACCUGGAUGAGAAAAUUUGUGAGGGAGCAUCCAGAAUAUAAGCAAGAUUCUGUUGUCACAGAAAGAAUAUGUUAUGAUCUUCUGAAGACGGUACAGAGAAUUCAGAAUGGAGAACCAUGUACCGAAUUAUUAGGCCAAAAGGUAAUUUGAUGCAAUGUCUUUUACCCUCUGUAUUUAUAAAAAUAUGCUUGUUAAAAUGUAGGCUGUCAUAUGAAAAACGCCGCAAACUAUUUAUUCUUUGUCCGAUUUCAAAAAAUUGAAGAAGGAAUGACUGAAAAAAUAAUACUACUGAGUGAUUUCUUUGUUUUUUGGUGGGUUCAGUCAAUUUCAAUGGCUCUUUAUGGAGCAUUUUAUUCAAAAACUCAAGUAUAUCCACUCAUGACACCGAAUUUAGGAAAAUGUUGAAUAUUCAACGGAGCAAGAAUGGUUAUCAGUAGCAGUUUUCAUUGUUUUUCAAAUUAUUGGCUGUUGUUCUUUAAUAAUUGAAAUCUGAUGAAAAAUGGACAAACUUACGAUGUUUUUCAUAUGGAGAAGUUGCAUUUAUUUUGCAAUUUGCGAUUGAUUAAAUAUAAUUUUAAUAAUAAUUGAUUAUGUUAUAUCUUACAAUAUUAUUUCGCAUAAAUAUUGAAUACAAUAUUUUUGUUUCCUCAAAAUGUAAAUAAAGUAUUUCUAUACAAUGAA